AUGGCUAUCUCAGGCGGCCGGCGGCACAGAAAAGGCUUCCGGUUUCCCGGCCGGCUCCAGGGGAGUGAACUUCCGGUUUCCAGACGCAGGCGCGAACCCCUCCUUUCGCUCUUUCCGGGAGUGUUCGCGAGAGCUGCAGCCAUGUCUUAUCCCGCUGAUGAUUAUGAGUCUGAGGCGGCUUAUGAUCCCUAUUCUUACCCGGGCGACUAUGAUAUGCACACAGGAGAUCCAAAACAGGACCUUGCUUAUGAACGUCAGUAUGAACAGCAGACCUAUCAGGUGAUCCCUGAAGUGAUCAAAAACUUCAUCCAGUAUUUCCACAAAACUGUCUCGGAUUUGAUUGACCAGAAGGUGUAUGAGCUACAGGCUAGUCGUGUCUCCAGCGAUGUCAUUGACCAGAAGGUGUAUGAGAUCCAGGACAUCUACGAGAACAGGUAUGAGCCGCUGGCUGAAAUGAUCUCUUUCUGGGUGGGACUGGCCUAG